UCAACCUACAUUUUUGACUUGGUCUGUCCAAAAGUUGAUUACUAGAUGUCAGACAAACACUAAGACAAAAACUCACCAGCCUCGGCGAUGUUCGUGAAAAAUUGAGUUUUGGCCGUGAACGCACCACAAGCACCAACCACUAUAAGAGAAGCCAACUACACUGGAAGGCAUUGAACGCAACACACGGAAAUCCCAAGAAGAAGUCCAAAGUCCGGCUAAGUUGUAAAAUGGAGCCGAGGCAGGCUGUGAACAAAGUGGCCCUGCUGGUCGGCGGAGCUGCCGUCGCCGUGGCGGCUUUGGGCCUGGGAUAUAAAUACUCCCGGAAGCCGGAGGAGCUCGUCCGCGUGGGUGUCGUGUCGCAGCUCCUCGUCCACCCGCUCAAGUCCGGCAAGGCGGUGUCGGUGCCGCUGGCCGAGUGCCUCAAAAUGGGCCUCAAGUGCGGACAGAUGCAGGACCGACACUGGAUGGUGGUGAAGGACGACGGUCACAUGGUGACAGGCCGCCAGGAGCCUCGUCUUGUUCUGGUGUCCCUGACCUGCGAGAGAGGCUCCGUCUGCUUGAACGGUCCCAACAUGACGGAGCUGCGUUUCCCCGUCCAGCAGCCGGACAACCCCGUGGUAAACUGCAGAGUGUUUGGCACCGACGUUCAGGGGCGGGACUGCGGCGAUGAAGCGUCUCGUUGGUUGGUUGACUUCCUGGGCGCCGAGAAGACUUUUCGCUUGGUGCACUUUGAAGCCAACAUGAGGGCCAGGAAGGCUGCGAACAUGGAGCCUCUCUUCUCUCCAAAUGAGGAGGUGGCGUACCCUGACUGCGGGCCGGUGAUGCUGUUGUCCCAGGCCUCCGUCAAGGAUCUGAGCAGCAAGUUGGACAAGGAAGUCACCGUGGAGCGAUUCCGUCCAAACAUCGUCAUCAGCGACUGUGAGGCCUUCGCUGAGGAUUCAUGGGAAGAGCUCCAGAUUGGCAGCGUACGACUGCGGCGUGUGAUGUCAUGCGGGAGGUGUGUCUUCACCACAGUUGACCCGGAAACUGGAAUCAUCAGCAGAAAAGAACCUUUGGAAACACUGAAAAGCUACCGACAGUGCAGUCCCAAAGAGAAGCACAUCUACAAGUCAGACCCGCUGUUUGGACAGCUGCACAGCGUGAAGAGGACGGGCGUCCUGCAGGUUGGCGACGACGUGUACCAGAUCCGCCGCUGACAGAGCAGGAAGGUGCAUCUUUCUCAAAAGCAUCCAACUAACAUCGGAUACAAAGUUGUCAUUAAAGCUUGUCGUUUCACAAUUUAUUACAAAUAUGUAUUUUCAUCAAUAAU